AUGUCUGAGAGAAGAGAUGACAGUGUCACUGUUAACAUUGAUAAUAUGCUUAAUAACUUGUCUUCUACACCUUCAAAGCCCUCAAUGUUUAGAGUUGCUGACAAUUUACGCAGCAUAAAUCCAGAGGCUUAUGAUCCACAAAUAAUAGCCAUUGGCCCAUUUCACCGCAGUAAACCUAGCUUGCAGAAGAUGGAGCAACUCAAAGUCAGGUAUCUAAAGCUGUUUCUUCAAAGAAGAAAAGAGUCAAGUGUAGAAAGAUAUGUUACCACAAUAAGACACUUAGAAGACAGGGCGCGGAAAUGUUAUGCUGAAGACAUCAAACUUGAUAAAGAUAAGUUCGUGCAAAUGUUGAUUCUUGAUGGUUGUUUUAUCAUCGAAUUUCUUUAUAUGUUUUUACACCCAUAUUCUUGGGAUGAAGACAACCCUAUUGUCCAGUAUGAACCUAUACAACGUCAAUUGCUUCAUGAUCUAAUGGUAUUUGAGAAUCAGAUUCCAUUUUUCAUCGUUGAACGUUUGUUCAACGUGAUCAAGAUCAAUGAUCGAGACAAAAUCAAUAUUAUAAUAUGGCCUUUACUGCCAAAUUGCAUUUUCCCAUUGGACGAUCGUUAUGAAGGCCCUAUUACUGGUCACCAUCUUCUUGGCAUUGUACACGGCAUCCAAUGUUCUUCAUUUGCAAAUAGAUUAUCUCAUAGGGGUUAUGAAUAUACACAUAAUAUAGAUUCAGCUGCAGAGCUCGAGAAGGCAGGCAUUUCCUUCGAAAAGUCAGAAUCUGGUAGUUUGUUUCAUAUUAAAUUUGAAAAUAAAGUUAUGAGGAUUCCAAAAUGGGAAAUUUCUGAUUCAACAGAAUCAUUGUUCCGAAACAUGAUUGCAUAUGAGCACUACAACACAGAGAGUCCUCAAAAAUAUGUGACGGAAUAUGUAUUCUUCAUGCAUUGUCUCGUCCAUUCCCCUGAAGAUGCAAAAGUGUUGCAACACUCUGAAAUCAUUAUAAACCAUUUGAGGAACAAUGAAAUGGUUUACGGUGUAAUCAACCAGCUAGGAAAGAAUAUCAUAAUUUCUGAUGAGUUUCCAUAUUCUAAUAUUUUCUUCGAUGCAAAUCGUCAUUGUGCAAAAAGAAGGAAUAGAUGGAUGGCAACAUUAAAGCGAGAAUAUUUCAGCAAUCCAUGGACAACCAGCUCAGUCUUUGCAGCUAUUUCGUUGCUUGUGCUCACCUUCAUACAGGCUACGUUUGCUAUUCUCUCAUACUGCAAUGAUCUCAAGAAGGGGAACUGA